AUGCAGAGGAGUAUUCCGAGGCUGAUCCGAAAUCGGGGAGGAUUCUUGAAGGGCGUAUUCAGCGGAGGGAAAACGGCUGAGAAGAGUCUCACGGUGGAAGAACGGGAGCGGCUUCAAAAGACGUUGCCGAGUAUUCGGGCUCGCGAAUCGACGCCGACAUCGGCGACCGGCGGCGAAAUGUCGGAGUUCGACGCCGACGAGCUUCUCGACAAUCGAAUCGACACCGACGCGAUUCGAGCUCGCGGUUUUCUCAAAUACAAACGCAACUAUGUGCCGUCAGCGGAUGUGAAGCGCGAAAUUCGCGAGAUUUGCCGACGAAUUUUGAGCGUCGACAAUAUCGACGAGUUUCGAUUUGAACACGGCGACAAUUCGAAAAAAUUUGAGAUUCUUCGAACGAUUGGCGAGAAAAUUGGGCAUUGGCCGAACAAUGGCAAAUUGGUGCAUUUGAAAUCGAUUGGCGACAUUGUUGAGUUCUAUGAGACGCCCUACAAGAAUAUUACGCCAUAUUCGGAACUUGCUCGUGACGAGAAAAAGCCGAAAAAUGUGCAUGUUUUGGAACAAGCGGUUCGAUUCCAUCCGGAAGACACUCAUAUGUAUCAUGGAGGUGUGACGGCAUUUCCGGGCACCGGCGGCGAAGUGUUGUCGUUGCGCCAAAAGCGCCUAUUGCGCCAAUUCAAUCCGAAAAAAGAAUGGUUCGAUUAUGAGGAUCAGACGUUUGACUAUAAGCGGCAUGAUUCGAAUAUGCCGUGGGAUCCGGAGAUCGCCGAGCAAAUGGACAGAUAUACCGACAAGAGAUAUAAUUUGAAAACGAAACAAUUUAGUCGAAUAAGGCAAUAG